AUGACUACCACUCCCCGUCCCCUCCUCCUCGUACGUCGUCCCUCUCCCCUCCUCUCAUCCGGGCAGCUCACCCAUCUCGCGCCCGCGUCUGAUCCGCCCAAGCCAUCUCGCUCUCUAGCCCAAUGGCAAGGUUAUUGCGAUGUCUUCCGCUCGCAGCUGGGCUGGGAGGUCAUUGAGGUCGAUGCCGCCGACGACUGCCCCGAUGGAGUCUUUCUAGAGGACGCAAUGAUCGUCUUUCCCGCCUUGGACGAACGAGGUGGGGGAGUGGUCGUUUUGGUGAGGAGCGGGAGUCCUGAGCGCAGAGGGGAGUACGAGAGUGCCAGACGGGCUACACAGGAGCAUCUUGUCCCCCGUGGGUACGAGGUAUUUGACUUCAACGUGGAGGACAAGAGUGGUGAAGCUACCUUGGAUGGGGGAGAUAUCCUCAAGAUCCUACCAGGGGCCUCGAGCGCAAGUCAUGCAACAACGCACACAGGCACUCGUCCGCCCACAGUGUAUGUCGGGCAGUCCACGCGUACAAACGCACUGGGUACAUCUCUGCUCAAGAAGUGCCUUGAACCAAGAGGCUGGAGCGUACAAGGUGUGCCUGUGCAGCAUCACUUGCAUCUCAAGUCGGCCAUUACUGCUCUUCCAGACGGGCAGGUCAUAGGACAUUCGCUUCCACGCUCCAGCUCCAGCUCCAGCUCCGGCUCUGGCUCUGGCACGUCCCAGCCCAGCGUGGGUGUCACCCUUCCGGACGGUCAUGAGAUCCUGCCUAUUCAGGAGGAGCAUGGAAUUGCAGUCGUCGACGUUUCCUCGCCCAAUGGAUCGCCAAAGGUGCUCUUGUCCGCCGAUGCGCCGCGGACAAAGAAGCAGCUCGAACAAAGGGGGUACGAGGUGGUCACCGUGGACAUUGGCGACUUUGAGAAGAUGGAAGGAUGGUGA